CAGUGGGACUGCCUGCUACAUAACGUCAGACAUGUUUUAUAUAGAAGUGCAGCUGGAGAAGGAUGGAAAGGUGACAGAUGUAAAGCUGGCUCACCUUGGAGAAGCUCCUGUGGUUUGUGAGGACUUGGUGCAGCAUCUAAGGAUGAAGAAUUAUGAUGACUUCGGAAAGACUCUAGAAGACCUGUCAAAUCUGUAUAAAAUUCCAGGAAACAGUGAAAUGAGAGCUAAGGGAUACCUUGCUUUGCAGGCCCUUGAAAAAGAUCUUUAUUCAAUGUAUCUUCUAGACAGGAACUCCUAUGAACAUUGAAUUUUACAUUUCUCCCUAUCAAGUUUUGGAAGCAGAACUAAAUCCUGGUUCUCAGGUAUAUGGAACAAAAACAAUUGUAAUUGUUGAAGGCACCGAUACGCUUCACCGACUUCCUCUCUCUCCACUGCUUGUAGAUUCUCAAGCUAGAGGGGACAGUAACCCUGAUUUUUUGCCGCUGUCUGAUGAACUCAGCAUGGAUUUAUCAGCUUUUUUUGUGUUGAAGUUUCAUCAGCCUAUUCCUAUGUCCUCAUGCAGUAUU